UACCCCCACCACCAAGCCAAGCGCGGCAUCCAUGGAUGCGCUGCCGCCACCGUCGUGGCCGGCGCACGCCCCCAAGAAGCGCAUGUUCGAGCGGGCGGGCGACCAAGAAUCACCACCGGGGAGCGGCAGCAUCGGCCUCGAUCUCAUCGGCGCCCUCCCCGACGCCGUCCUCUGCACCAUCAUCUCGCUGCUCCCCACCAAGAACGGCGCCCGCACGCAGGCCGUCGCCCGCCGGUGGCGACCCCUGUGGCGCUCGGCGCCCCUCAACCUCGUCGCCGACCGUGACCUCUCCGGCAAUAAGCGUAAACGCGUCGCCUACGUCUCCAAGAUCCUCGCCAAGCACCCUGGCCCAGCCCUCCGCCUCGACCUCCCCUCCAUCCACCAAAGCCUCUACGGCAAGGUCAACCGCUGGCUUCGUUCCCAGGCCCUUACCGACCUCCAGGAGCUCCACCUCGACUAUGACGGCGAAGAGUACAUGAUAUUCCCGCUGCCGUUGUCCGCGCUCCGCUUUGCGCCGACGCUCGGCGUCACCAGCUUCAGCUGCUGCAGUUUCCCCGACUUAUCCACGCAGUUUUUGAAUUUUCCGCACCUCAAGCAGCUCAGCAUGUACAUGGUCACCAUCUCGGACUUGCCUGCGCCGUCUCUGCAUUUUCCGCUGCUCAAGCAGCUCACCAUGCGUGGAGUCACCAUCUCGGGGGAGGCUCUCCACAGCAUGCUCUCUCGCUGCCUUUCAUUGGAAAGCCUUUUACUGGAUUUUAACAUUGGCAUUGCUCGCAUAUGCAUCAGCUCUCCCACUCUCAGGAGCAUCAGCUUCCUAGGGACUUUCUUUUUCAAAGAGCUGGUCAUCGAGGACACCCCUUGCCUUGAGAGGCUGCUGCCACCCACGCCAGACCAUUGUAUGGGGACUGUCCGGGUAAUCCGAGCACCUAAGCUGCAGGUAUUUGGUUUGGUGUCAAAGGGCAUAUCCAAACUCCACAUUGGAACCACGGUUUUUCAGGAAAUGAUUGCCAUCAGCGUGACAACCGCAAUGCGCACCGUGAAGGUUUUGGUUAUCGAAUCUGUUGGCCCUAAUUUUGAUGCGGUAAUUGGCUUCCUCAAGUGCUUCCCUUGCUUGGAGAGGCUGUAUGUCAUUUCGCGCCAAUGCAAUGAGAUGAAAAAUGUGCUAAAAUAUGACCCACUGGAUCCAAUUGAAUGCCUCGAACUCCAUCUCAAAAGAGUGGCGCCGGAGAACUACUUUGGCAACAUGGCAGAUGUUGACUUCGCCAAAUUUUUCGUUUUGAAUGCGAAAGUGCUAGAACAAAUGAACUUCGCAGUACCUACUUGCCACCGCAACGACAAAUGGAGGUCUGACCAACACAAGCUGUUACAAGUGGACAACAGAGCUUCUUCGGAUGCUCGAUUUGAAUUCACAAGUGGUUAUGGGUAUAAUGGCAUCGAUGACAAGCAUACCCAUGAUUUAUCAAUGGCCGACCCCUUUGGGAGAACCUUGCUUUGAUGCUGCUUGCAAAUUCGGCGCCUUUCAGAAAUGGCCCUUUUUGUAGUUCAAAGUAACCCUUCACCUCUAAUUCUCUGUUCCGUUGUGCCUGAAUGUUAUUUAGUAUCUUUUCUGUUGUAAGAUGUAAGCUGUUUGCACCAUCAGCUUUUGUACUGGCCUUAGAAGGGAGGAGCUAUAAUAUUUGAAUAUUUCAGAAGUUAUAUUUUCUGUUUUGUUGUGCUUGAAUGUUAGUAUUUGACAUAUUUUCUGUAUAGGUGCAGUGGUUUUUUCUUUCCUGUUUGAUGUCACGUUGUAAUAUAUUUACACUAGUUUAACUAGUGGUUGCUA